AAUUUCUGCGGGAACCAUAAUCAUCAGCUUUUUCAGGUGGAAUCACGCGUGCUAAAAGCGAUACGUGCAUGGGACAGGUUCCCCGCAGACAAGGAAACGCUGCUCAAAAUCGAAGCCGAUUUUGUCAAAGAUCUGGGAUUUGAUUCACUAGACCAGGUGGAGAUUAUGAUGGCGAUAGAGGAUGAGUUCGGAUUCGAAAUUCCUCUUGAAGACUCAGAGAAGUUGAAAUGUCCUCGUGACGUAUUCAAGUACAUUUGUGAACGGGAAGAUGUGUUCGAAUAG